CACCCCAACUAAGCUCUCUCUCUCUCUCUCUCUCUCUCUCUCUCUCUCUCUCUCAAAUAGAGCACAUGCGCCAUAUACACCACAUACACCAUACAAACCAACAACUCCUACAACUACAAGAACACCCAAAAUACUUCUCUCCCAAAAUACUUUUCUCUCUCUCUCUCACUAUCUAUCUAUCUAUCUAUCUAUCUUUCUAUCUAUAUUGGGGGAGUGUGUAUAUGUACCUAUGGCUAUGGUGAUGGAUGAACAGCAGAGUUUCAAGCACUAUUGUAGGAUUUGCAAGAAAGGGUUUGGUUGUGGAAGAGCUCUAGGGGGACACAUGAGAGCCCAUGGGAUUGGCGAUGAGCUAAGCCAUGCCGACGAUGAUGAUCUGAUAAACGACUGGGAAGAUAAGCUUGGAGGGAAUCCGCAGUCCGGGAACAAACGGAUGUACGCGUUGCGAACAAAUCCCAACCGUCUAAAGAGCUGUAGGAUCUGUAGGAACUGUGGCAAGGAGUUCUUAUCAUGGAAAUCAUUCCUUGAGCAUGGUAAAUGUAGUUCGGAUGACGCGGAGGAGUCGCUUGUUUCAUCGCCUGAAUCGGACGAUGAAGAUAGGGCAGGAUGGAAGGAUUGUUGUGGAUGGUCUAAAGGGAAACGGUCGAGACGGGUUGUAAAGAUGGGGAAUUUCAAUAUGAAUUGCCCGUCGAGCGAGGAGGAAGAACUGGCGAAUUGGUUGGUGAUGUUAUCAGCUGCACGGGUCGAUCCGAUGGUGGUUGAGCCGGAAGAGUCAUGCGCUUCUGCUAGUAAAGAGGAGGAGCGGCAGAGGAACUGGCCAGUCAUUGUGGCUGAUUCAAGCCGGGCUCUGGUCGAGAAGACGAAGUCGGCCACCAAAGGAAUGUUCGAGUGUAAGGCUUGCAAGAAGGUUUUCAGCUCACACCAGGCGUUGGGCGGGCAUAGAGCUAGUCACAAGAAGGUUAAAGGGUGUUUCGCGGCGAAGCUUGAUGGCCGUGAUGAGAGUUUGAUUGAAGAGGAUGUGAUUACCCACGACGAAUUCUCGAUACCGUCCAAGUCCACGAUCAUGCCAUUGAAUCAUGUCGACCAUACCACGCUAACCAUCCCUUCGAAAAGGAAAUCGAAAGUGCACGAGUGCUCGAUUUGCCACCGGAUCUUUACAUCCGGACAGGCGUUGGGCGGACACAAGAGAUGCCACUGGGUUACUUCUAACUGCCCAGAUACUUCAGUUGCUAGGUUUCAUCAGCUGCAAAACCACAGCCAACACCUCCAUAAAAAACCCAUGUUGAAUAAAUCCGAGCCGCUCGAUCUCAACAUGCCGGCCCCAGUCGAUGAAAUGGGUGGGCCCCAGAUGGAUACAGAGAACCCAUUAAGCUUUCAGGUACCCAUGGCUAUUUAUUUACAACAAUGGAUAGGAUUGAACUCAAACAACAACAACAACAACAACAACAAGUCUAGUUCUAUGGCAGUGGCACAUGUGGAUGAUGAAGCAGAAAGUAAAAUCAAGCUAGCAAAGCUAAGUGAACUAAAGGACAUGAACAUGGGUAGUGGUUCUUCUCCUUGGUUGCAGGUAGGGAUUGGUUCAACUGCCAGUGGGAGUGGUGGGAGAUAUAUAGAAAGCAAGCUAGAAGAGGGAGAGAGACUCCAGCAAUACCUCCAUCUUCCUUCAUCAUCACCAUCUAGUCUUCUUCUUCAUCAUCUAUCUGCCAUGGAAAAGCAUACUUGCAAGCUCUGUUCUAGAAGCUUCUCAAAUGGGAGAGCGCUGGGUGGUCACAUGAGGUCUCACGUGAGCCCCCUCCCACCUUCUCCUCAAGCCAGGAAAAUCCAAGUAGAAGAAAUCCAGAACGAGAAUGAAUAUUCAUCUUCUUCUUCUUCCUCGUCGUCGGAAGAAGAAGAGCAAGUAGAAGAAGAGGAAGAUGAAGGGAAGUCUCUCUACUACGGCCUGAGAGAAAACCCCAAGAAGAGCUUCCGGCUCGUGGAUCCUGAGUUCUCUUUUGCUGCUGACGCCGGCUGUGUAGUCCAGGACAGAGAGAGCGAGACCGAGUCGUCUAAGAACCCGGUCCGCCACAGACGAUCCAAGAGGCAGCGCAGAUCGACCGUUUCGGAGCUCAAUCUCAAGGUCAAACCCAAACGCGAACUCGAGCUCGAGCCCGAGCCUUUGAGCUCGGUAUCCGACACCAUACCUGAAGAAGACGUCGCCCUCUGUCUGAUGAUGCUUUCCAGGGAUAUUUGGAUGAGAGAUAGCAGCAUCAAAGCAUUCGAGGAAUCUGAAGAAGAAAACGAAGAAGAAGAAGAAGAAGAAGAAGAAGAAUCUCCGGAAGAGCUGAAAUUCCGCCCAAGGCGCCGAAGCAAGCACCAGUGCGGGACAUGCAAAAAGGUGUUCCGCUCGUACCAGGCAUUGGGGGGACACAGAGCGAGUCAUAAGAAGAUAAAGGGCUGCUCUUCCUCAUCGGUCCCUUCUCCUCCCCCUCUGAUGAAAGCUCGAGAAUCGAUCCCAGUCGCUGGAAAUGUGGGCCCUACCGACCAUCAGAGGAUCCACCAGUGCCCUGUCUGCUUCAGGGUGUUCAGAUCGGGCCAGGCGCUCGGCGGUCACAAGAGAUCUCAUCUUACCGCCUCUGCUUCCUCUCCAGUUUCAUAUCCUGCUCCCCCCGCUCCCGCCAUUGCUUCUCCAAAGUUCGCCGACAGCUUCAUAGAUCUCAACCUGCCCGCGCCGAUCGAAGACGACGACAUGGUGUCGGCAGUGUCCGAUGCCGAGUUCAUCGAUCUCCCUAAGUAAUGGACCGGACCGGAAUUUCAGUGCAUUUCAAUGCGAAUCGGAGGCGAAUUGACAUCGAUCUGGCGACAUGACGAACCGAAUCAGAGCUGAUCUCAGCACGUUUCAACGCUCAUCAGAGGUAAAUUCUCUGUUUACUUCGAUCUGCGAAUUGGGGAUGCAAUUUCUUUGUAUUUACAGAUUUCUCCUUUCUACUUCUUUUUCAUCCUAUGCUCUUUUUUAUUAAUUUUUGUGAGCUUUUUCUUUCUUUCUUUUUCUGACUGUAAUUCAUUUCUUUUCUUUUUAAAAUUUUUGGGAUUUGUUAUGCUUAAGUGCUGUUAUUUAGUGUAACAACUGAUCAAUGGAUCCAUUCAUAGCAAACAUGUUUUUUUUUUUUUUUUCAAAAUUUAAUCUUUUUUGGGUUUAUUUUUCGAAAUGGAAUUUCUCUGCAGCUC